AUGCCGCCCUUCAAGCGCAUCGCCCUCCUCGGCGCAAACGGCAUCCUCGGCGCACCCCUCCUCGACCAUCUCGUCACCAACACCCAAUGCGAGAUCACUGUCCUCCAGCGCAAAUCCUCCAAAUCCACCCCCGCCCACACCGACAAUUCUCGCGUCAAAGUCCUCCCCAUCCCAGAUGACCUCACCGCCUCUGGCUCCCACAAGGCCCUCGUCUCCGCUCUCACCGGUCAGGACGUUGUCGUCAUCUCCAUCGCAGUCCGGGACGUAGCCACGCACACUGCUCUCGCCGCAGCAGCUGCUGAGGCGGGCGUUCAGCGCUUCUUCCCCGCCGACUGGGGCAGCGUCGACUCCAGUGCGGCGCGGAGCCAGGAGGUCGUGCCGUUGUUUGGGCGGAAAGUUGAGAUUCGGGCGCACCUCGUGGAGAUGACCAAGAAAUUUCCGGACUUCACAUGGACCAGUAUUGUCGGAGGCCAUUUCUUUGAUUGGGGGCUCAGGGAGGGCUUCAUGCAUGUGAAUUUCAAGGAUAGGGUGACGGACGUCUUUGAUGACGGGGAGGGCAGGAGCUCGCUUACGACGCUGAAGCAGUAUGCGACGGCUGUGGUGGCUGUGCUGGAGUUAGCUGGUAGGGAGGACUCUGGCAAGGACGAGACGGCGAAUCGGAUGCUAUUCGUCCAAAGCUUUUGCGUAAGUCAGAACGAGCUGGUGACUAGUCUGGAGAAGGCAACGGGGGCGAAUUGGGAGUUGAAGAGGUAUGACUUGCAGAAAUACAUCAAGGAUAAGAAGGUCGAGGCGGACGCUGGCGAUCACCAGGCAAAUGAGGACUUGGUAUUCGCGUUGGGCGUGGAGGAUGGGGACUGGAGGAAGAAGGAGGGCUAUGCAAUGGAGCUGCUGGGCUUAGGCGAGGAGGACCUCGAUGAGAUCGUCGCUAGUAUCGCUGCUGAGCUGAGAUGA